AUGUCGAGCAAUUUCAUUAGACCAGGCAGUCACCUAAGCUUCUUCCUCGGCGCCAGCACCGCCAGCACCGCAGUCGUCCUCGCCUUACCCGUUAUUUACUUUUUCGGAAGAAACCAAUCUCCUCCAACCUCAUCCGAUACGUGUCUCUGUUCUACGGAGCUGAAUGACGAUGCACGAAAAGGGGAUUGCGAGGUUAUGGAGAUGCUCUUUCAGGCGGCUGAUCUACAUGCCAACUUAAAGUGGAAUCGAGCAGUCGAUCUCAGCAAAUUCUUUAUAAGAUGGGGUCGAAAGUACCUAUCAGACCGUCGUAGGCUAGAAGAGGAACGUAGUAGGAAGAGCCAAACCUGUCGAGGCAGCAACACUCCAAAUACACGUCAAAUUCAGGAUGCUUUCGAAGUCCUAACUGAAAUUCCAGUCGUCCUUCGGCCCCUUGCACCUGAAGUCCGUACACUUUUGCAGAAAUAUGGUUGUGAGCGGGAUUGCUUAUCCAGCAGCAGCAAUGAUGACAAAGUCUCGGUUCGUUUCGCUCUAUCGCGCGCUUUGCGAAAUGGCAAGGUGCUUUGGGGCCAUUUUUCACGGGCAAUCAUACAACUUGAUGAACGGACCGUUGUCAAGCUUGGGCAUAAUUUACUUCUAACCGACGCCGAUAUUACAGCCUAUAUUCAGAGUCUCACGAACGAUAUUCCAGCCCCUCGGCCCCUCGGAGCAAUUUCUAUCGGCAAAACGACCUACAUAUUCAUAACUUUUAUUAAAGGCUCAUCCUUAGAUAAACUAUGGUCAUCCCUAUCUACGGAAGAAAAAAUCUUUAUCCAAGAUCAGUUAGAUAUUAUCCUAGAGAAACUUAGGAUGCUUCCUCUACCUUCUCAUUUUCUUGGUAGUGGAAAUCCACCUUACUGCAUCGACUGUAGAAUAUAGAAGCGGGCAAGCCCACAACAGAUUGAGAACGAAGCUCAGUUUAACAAGUUCCUCAUAUCAGGAAACCACCCACCCACGAUAGGGCCCUAUAUUAAGUUUAUACAUUCUAUGCUACGCAGUGAUCACCGAAUCGUCAUAACACACGGGGACUUGCAUCCACGAAAUAUAUAAUGGUUAGCAAGGAGCGAGAUCAGUCCAUUCGAGUGACCGGACUUAUUAACUAGAAGCUAGGAGGAGCUUAUCCAGAGUAUUGGGAGUUUACAAAGUCUCUUAAUACAAUACUACCUAUACGCACAGGUGAUUGGGUCUUCUUUCUUCCACAUAAGGGCAUGGGGAAAUACUUUACUGAGUUUGCUAUUAAUCAAUUCGUUGAGAAACUUGUGUCAUAGGUUAACCAUUUUAUAAUUAACUUUGCGGGAGCUUACAGCGCCAAAUAUACUAUUGGAGC